AUGAAUUCAACCACCAACGACCACUCUUUCUCCCCCUCUUGGAACGAAUUCAUCCAGGACAAAAUGUCUGAGUCGUGUGGAUCCAAUGAUUUCUCCCAUGCAGACGGGGAAGUUUCUAGUACGAAACAGACACAUAAAGAACUUUAUGCAUACGGGGAAGUUUCUAGUACGAAACGGACACAUAAAGAACUUUAUUUAGAAGAAGCUGAGUCAACAGAGAAGAUGGCCUCUACAGCAGAACAACAAAGUCGUUCUAAGAGUUACUCUUUUGGUCGUGGCUUGAAUGCAAGGUGGGCAUGGUAA